AUGGUGCGGGAAGGGUCAGAGAAUGCGGCUGCGCUCUAGUUCUCCAUAGGGGUGCGGGGGCUUGGAAAAGGAUGGGGCCCAGAACAGACCCCAGGAUACUAUCUGCAGCAAUCUGCUCACUCCACCCUGGGAGCCGGUCUUAUGGGUCUCUCUACCUAUUGCUCUCCAUCAUCCAGCCACCACCCCACCCUUUCUCUAUUCAUUUCUACUAUUCCUCUCUCAUCCUUCACCCCAAGUACCACGGUCCAUCCAUCCACACCCUCGGGCCGGGCCCUCCUCACCAGGGUCCUCCUGCAACCGCUCCAGUCUUGGACUUGUCAGUGGCUCCCACGGUCCCCACCCGGCCCAGACCAGCGGGGAGGGGGACGGAGGAGGCGGGGCGCCGAGACAGCCGGCCCUAUGCUGCUGCGCAGCCGCGCCCAUCCACGCAGGGGGCGGGGCGCGGCACCGUGCGCUUUCCUGCCCGCCGCAGCCAGGCGUCUGGCUUGUGUCAUCCACCUAGACAAGGUUUGGUUUGCCCCUUUUGUUGUUUCCUAA